GCCAAGGGGCGUUGGUGCCACCAGGGCUGAGAAGGAGCUCUCCUGCUGUUUACGCUGCUAUCCCGUGGGAACCUCAGAAGGGGGAAGAGGGAUAACCAAUUGGCUGACAGAGUAACAAAUGAAAAGUAACCUGACUCUAUUGACCUGCUUAACCCCGCACGGGGGGAAGGAUGGAAAGGAGCAACUGUUUGCUUUAAAACAGUGGAACAGUUUUGCAGCCUUAGAAAAUGGCAUGUAACAUACCUAACCAAAGACAGCGGACUCUGUCAACAACAGGAGAAGCUCUAUAUGAAAUUCUCGGUCUGCAUAAGGGAGCAUCAAAUGAAGAAAUUAAGAAAACCUACAGAAAAUUGGCCCUGAAACACCAUCCAGACAAGAAUCCAGAUGAUCCAGCUGCUACUGAGAAGUUUAAAGAAAUCAACAACGCCCACGCAAUACUUACCGACGUCUCAAAGAGAAGCAUAUACGACAAGUACGGAUCGCUGGGACUCUACGUAGCCGAGCAGUUUGGAGACGAAAAUGUUAACACCUAUUUCAUGCUGUCGAGCUGGUGGGCAAAGACCCUGUUUGUUAUCAUCGGCCUCUUGACAGGCUGCUAUUUUUGCUGCUGCCUGUGCUGCUGCUGCAACUGCUGCUGUGGACGUUGCCGGCCCAAGUCAUCGGUGCCAGAAGAGGACUUCUUUGUGUCCCCAGAGGAUCUGGAAGAGCAGAUCAAGUGCGACAUGGAAAAAGAUAUGGACUUUCCAGUUUUUCUCCAGCCUACAAACGCAAAUGAGAAAACACAGCUAAUCAAAGAAGGAUCUCGAAGUUAUUGCACAGACUCUUGAUACUGAGCCCACAGAGAGUCCAUAGUCCUUCCUCUCAGUUCAGUCUUGUCUCCAGAUGGUCGUGGGGGAGCAUGUGGGGCAUAAAGUGCUGUGAACUUUUCCAUCUUGGUAUUUUAUUUUUGGGUUAGGAAAACAUGCUUGCUAUAUAAUUUUCUCAGUAUGCAGACUUUCUCUCUGAGUAGAAUUUCUUAUGAAACACAUUCAAUUUGGGUGAAUAAAGGCCUGAAGAGUUAUUUUAUGCUCCUUGCCUGAUGAAGGACAGUGGAAUUAUACAGGCUUUAUGAACCUGCCCUUUAUGUGAGGCAGACCUGAUUCUUAACUGACUAAAGUAAUAUUCCAGAACAGAAGCCACUUUUCUUCAAUUUAACUAUACACAGUAUUCAUAGCUACCACAAACAUCAUCAUUCAAAUAUAUGAGAACUUACAGUUUUUGCGUGUGGAACCUCUUUCUUGUCAAUAUUCGAUAAAGUUAUAGAAAUGUUUAAAGAGGCCGAAAGGAAUGAUUAAAGGUAUGUUUUUGGAACAUUAAAAAUUGGCAUUUACUAAAAAUUGGUAAGUAAAACCAUGAAGAGACAGGUUUUUUGUGUAUUUGUAGAAUGGCUUAAAAACAAAACAAAACUGCAACCCGGUUAAAUGUUGUAAAUUAUCCAGAAAAUCAUCCUGAGCCUGAAUCAGCCCCCAUCAUCAUGUUGAUCACUUUCUAAUAAAAUAAUUUUUGUAUAACUAGGUCAGGUUAGCCAGACUAAGGGGGAACAAAACACAAGAAGGAGUAAAGCUCUAAACUCUAUAGCCUAAAUUUGCACCAAAAUGCAUAUCACGUCAUUUAUGUUAAAAUUAAUUACCUUGACCAGAAAUUGCUCUGCUCUGUGCAUAUUACACAAUUUAAGCCCAGAGGUCAUCUCUGCAUUUGCUUGUUUGAUUCUUACAUUUAUUAAGUAGUAGAAACCAUGUGCUAUUUAUAAACUACUAUGGCAGCAAAAGUGUUUGUUUUUCUAGGUCUUUACUUCUUUAUAUAAUAUUGCAUUUUCAAGAUCUUGUUAUGUUUUUAUAUAAUAUUGUAUAAAAUGCCUUUUUCUUGUUUCUUAUUCCCCCCACCACCAAAUUAUAGUCAAUUGCUGCUAAAUAUAUAUUGUGAAAAUUAGUGGUAUAGCUCUGACAGUUCUGAAGUCAUUAAAAUUCUGCUCUAA